CAGGGUCGGAUAAUGAAGCUAUCAGUCGUCCGCGAGCCGCCCACUGGUCAACAGUACCACUUAUUUUAAAUAGCGUUCUGUUUAAUUCAGUCACUAAGAUGAAGUUUACGUACAUGAAGAUUGCCGCUGUAUCUUUAAUACUCGUGAUAUCAUUAUCUGGAACUGUUGCUCAGCGAUGUAAUGGAGGUGUACAAUGCAUUUUGCUGUCAGAAUGUACUGGUCUGUUCCAUCAACUGCAGCAAGGCAACACUCCACAACUAACGAGGCUUCUGCGAACUUUACAUUGCGGUUUUGAAUAUGAUAACCCGAAGAUUUGCUGUCCCCCAGAAUUUGGGGCGGAACCGUCUGGUGGCAUCUCUAGCAGAAAUGAAGAUCCUGUAUCUCUUUUACCUGGGUAUAACGUCUGCGGCAUACAAAAUGAAGAUAAAAUUGUUGGAGGAACUCAAGCGGAUAUUGACGAACAUCCAUGGAUGGUGCUAUUGCGAUAUGAUAAACCUAACGGGUGGGGUUUUUACUGUGGCGGAGUCCUAAUUUCUUCAAGAUACGUCAUGACUGCAGCUCAUUGUGUGAAAGGCGAUGAUCUUCCUACUAACUGGAGAUUAUCUCAAGUACGUCUCGGUGAGUGGAACACAUCGAGCUCUGUAGACUGUGUGGGUGAUGACUGCAGCGGUCCAGUACAAGAUAUAUCGAUAGAGCAGACUAUCGCUCACGAAGGCUAUGACCCGUCUGAUAAGGACCAACAAAACGAUAUAGCGCUGUUGAGGUUGUCACGCAAUGCACAAUUUAAUGAUUUUGUGAAGCCCAUUUGCUUGCCAAUCUCCAAUGAAUUGAGACACUCUGGUUUUGUCGGCUAUGACAUGGAAGUGGCUGGAUGGGGCAAGACCGAAUCACAAGGAGAAUGUGGCGCUCUCAGAGAUUCAUUACCGGAGUCAGGAUCUGAAUCGGACGUGAAGUUAAAAGUUCGCGUGCCGGUAGUCAGCACAAACGACUGCGCCCGCGUUUUCAGUAGAGUGAGCCGUGAAAUCACCAAUAAUCAAAUGUGCGCAGGCGGCGUUUCCGGUCAAGACUCGUGCCGCGGAGACUCCGGUGGACCAUUGAUGGGAAAGGUGGCACAAGUUAGCAACUGGAUAGCCUUCGGUGUUGUGUCAUACGGUCCUUCGCCAUGCGGUACGCCUGGUUGGCCAGGAGUGUACACUAGAGUUGGAGCUUACAUGGAUUGGAUUCUUUCGAAGUUGCGCCCAUAAAUAUUAAGAACAAUUGACUGAUCAAAGAUCAAAAAUAAACUAGCACGUAUAAGAGACUGAAUUUAAAACCUUUUUACUGAAAUAUAAAUGGUCACGUAAACAAUAGGGCUGCCAAAACAUAAAUAAAUUUAUAUCGACGUAAACAUUUUAUGAAUGUUGUAAUCUUUUAAGACUGUUUACGUCGCUAUCGUAGGAAUGUUUCUAAUAACAAUAAUUGAAGUAUAGUUGAAUAGAAAAUAAAAUUAUGUAUAAGUUUAGGACGGUUAUUUCUAAUUUGCUAGAAAAAAUGAUUACUUUUAUGGAUAGCAUAAAAGUAUCUGAUAAGAAAAAUAAUUUUGUCCUUAUCACUGAUACAUUACUCGUUAGUGUAAAUAAUAGUAAAAAUAUGUAUUGACAGCCCUGAAAAGGUGCAAAUAAAAAAACCCGCUACAACAUACUUACCAAGAAAAUUGAGCAUUGACGCUCAAUUUAGUUGGUAAAUAUUUCUCAAAUAAAUAAAAUAUUCAAUAUGCUCACCUUACAUAAAGUGUUAAAUCUUAGUUAAUAUUUUUAUGAGUAAGUAGUUACUUUAUUACUAAUACUAUCCUGUCUCCGAAAAAAAAUUGUGUAUAAAAAACAUACGAUUGAUUGUCAAAUCUGCAGAAAUUAAAUAAGUUUGAAAUUAUUGGUUCAUAGAUAUGUAAAAAACGUAGUAUACACAACGAAAGAUAAAAACCAACAAUACUGAUGCAUUGUGCACAUAACGAAAUUCUCUCCGAUUUAUGAUCAACUGCAUUUUCUACUGACGAACAAAAUAAUUUAUUUUUUUAAUUUACAGUAAUGUGUACAAUAUGCGUGAAAUUCUAUAAAGUAGAAUUAAUAUAAUUUACAGAAUCUCUAGAAAAACAGCAAAUAUUUAGAUUUUUUUAAAUAUUUGCAUGAUGGGCAUUAUGUAUGUAUGUUCAACUCUGGGUAGUACCACUAAAUCACAUUUAUAUUCAAUCAGUACAAUCAAUUUAAUUCAGUUAUUGAUUUAUUUUCAUUAAAAGUGUCACUUCAAUAUAUAUA